AUGGUAUUUCACAGCCGCAAGAGAUCGUGGGUGUAUAUGGGAUGGUCCAUGCUCGCGGGAAGCCUUGGACCUUCUUGGAGUAAUCAAAUGGAAACGGCGCAAGCGGCUCGUCCUUUUACACAGCACGUGGUCAGUCCCGCAACCCGCUUAACUCCGUAUGAAGGCGAAUUCCGUCAAUCAGCAAUUCCUUUUCCCUGUGGUUCUAGUCAAGGAGAAAGGGAAUCUUCUGAACCGGUAUUUGAUCACGACCAAAGCGAAAGAGAGUUUUAUACUUCACGAAACGAAGUUCGAGCUUUGAGGACCGCGGCAACUGGAAACGACUACUGGCAUGACGUUCAUGCCGAUGCUGUCCGAACGAAUCCAGAUAUUCUUUUCAAAGGUCUGAAGAAGCGUCGUAAGCGGCAAUCACAAAAGGGAUCAACGUCUGAUGCCGAUACAGAACCGUCGUUAGGGUACCGUGUAAGGAGAGCAAGCAACCAAGGGGAUGAAGACCCUCCGGUUGAGUCGGAGGAAGGAAACUUUGUAAAUGCCGAUAUUGAUAUACCUCUUCCUGAAACAAACAUGUCUGUCCCGGUUUCCGAGCGGCCGUUGUCGAACGAUUUUAACGUAACCGCCGAAACCCAGUACAAUGUUUCGGUGUCGGUUUCCCACGGAAGUAAUUCAACGAAUGAUACCGUCACGGCUGUGUAUACGCAGAAUGAGCAAACAAACAAAACAGUUGCUCCUCCUUUUCGGCCUAUACGGAUUCGCGCGUUCUUAUCCGAGACCGACGGCGGCGGAGUGCAUUUGAGUGAAGCCCAACACCAGAUUCUGUUGCAGGACACUGUACGACCAGCUCUGUUGGCGUGGAGUGCGGCUUUACGAGUUAAUCCGGUGGUCGGAAAUUUGACGAUUGAUCCAACCCAGCUCGUGGAUGGAGUCUCAUGUGGGCCAGGGCUUGACUCAGGUUUGCCCAGUGUUCCUGUUCCGGAUGAACAUAUACUCUGGGGCGUGCCAAACACUGAUCUGAUUAUCUAUUUGAACCUCGGUUUUGUGCAAUCGAAUCCGCAAAAUGUUACCGAUUCCUUGAAUGUCUCUGGUACAAACGCGAGUAUAUUCAGUGAAGGGCCAGCAGUUUUUCCGUCUAAGCCCAAGCGGUAUUUUAACAAAUCCGAACUUGUUAUUCCGCGAAAUGAAACGACCAACGAAACUGAUAGUGAACAAUGGAAUGCUUCGUUCGUGGCGACUUACAAUAUGACCAGCACUGUUCCCAAAAAAACUUGCCAAGGCGAUUAUCUUGCAGCGUCUUCCUUUUGUACAAUGGAUCAAAAGGAUCGACCAACAGCCGCAAUUUUACACAUUUGUAUAAGCGAAAACUUUUUUGAUCCGUUGAUGCUCGAAACGAAUAUAAUGACCGUCAUGCAUGAGCUCGGGCACGCGCUUGGUUUUAAUUCUGUCAGCAUGGCCCUUUUUCGCACAUCAGAUGGUACCCCAUUGACUCCUCGAAAUGAAAAAGGUGCUGUACCGGACACGGUCGUCGAAUGCUCUGGGCCCAAGGGUAAUCGGGGCAAUGCAACCGUGCCGCUACCUUCGGCGAAGAUUUUACAGUUCCGAGAGGUCCGCGGCGGAGUUCGCGUGGCGGAAAUAGUGACUCCAUCGGUCCAGAAGGUUGUGCGGAAUCAUUUUGAUUGCCAAGGAUUACAAGGUGCGGAGCUCGAAAGUGGAGAGUUUUUACCGCUCUCAACAAGCCCAGGAGAAGUCUCCUGCAUUGGUGAUCACUGGGAGCGUCGUCUUUUUAAAAACGAUAUCUUGAAUCCAAUUGUGGAUGAGCUUGAGUUUCAUCCUAGAUUUUCGACAAUAACGUUAGCGUACUUUGCUGACACGGGUUGGUAUCAGGUUGACCUUUCGAGGGCCUCUCUAGCCGCAAGCUGGGGACGAGGCGCAGGCUGCGCUUUUGUUGAGGAAGCUUGUAUUCGACAGGAUGGACAGGUACCACCAUCAUAUGAGCCUUUUUUCUGCAAUCAAGCAACCAGUAUUGACGAUGCAGGGUUUGUCAGUGACAUAAGCGGAUGUACGCCAGAUCUAUCUAGAAAAGCGGCUUGUUCCAUCGGACAAUAUACAAAUGAGCUUCCUCGCGAAUAUCAGUAUUUUAAUUUGACGUUCGGUGCCAACGUCGGUGGCAAUGACCCUUUCAUGGAUUAUUGCCCAGUCUUCACUGGAUUUUCGAAUGGUUUAUGCUCGGACUCUCAGAACGAAGCGUUGAUUCGAGUAAAUCAAGUUGAACGCUUUGGUCAGCGCAAUUCUCGUUGCCUGUCAGGGCGUGUAGGCGCCUACAAAGCCGCUUUCUGUCUCCCGAUCGCAUGUGUGGUUGAAGACCAUUCGCUACGCAUUCAGGUCGAUGGCGAAUGGAAGAAAUGUCUCUUCAAAGAUCAUCAUAUCCUGUCGAGCAACGGAGAUCGAAUAAUUUGCCCGGAUCCCAUUCGUAUUUGCCCAACCUUUUACUGCCAUCGCGAUUGCUUGGGAACGGAUCGAAUUUGCAACUAUCGGGAGGGAAAGUGCGUUUGCAAUGGAACCUUCGCCCCUGCAGAUGACGGAGUUUCCUGCACGACACCUGUGGAACCGAGUGGUGUUAUACCCGCGGUCUUCUAUAGUCCCCCUACAAUGAAUAAUCAAGACUUGCCUGACGAAGAUUCUCCGCUUGCAGACUAUUAUGUUCCAUCGGAGCGAGCGCUAAAAGAAGACAAUCCAAUUUUCAUUGAAGAAAUUCGAUACCUUGUUGUUGUGGCGGUCAUAUUUGCUCUCGGAAUCGUAGCUUUUAUUUGGAUAUGGCUCCGAAGGAAUCGCGCCUUUGACACGCAACUGGCAGAUGGAGGCGCCGACGAUUCACCACCUACAGACGCGACCCACAACCCAAACAAAGAUAAAAUGAUUGCGUCUGUAAUCGUGGAUCUUCGAGUGAACGGGCCAAGCCAAUUCCAAUAUCGAGAUGCACUGAGAGAACGAGAAUCUGAAACUGAUGUAAGCUUGACUGACACGGAAGGAACUGGAACAACAAACGCUGCCAAUUCUGCUGAAAAUGCCGGCGCUGGAGAAAGCAUUUUCGGUUUACAUGGAGCGGAGAACGAGGCCCCCCAGGGAGAUCGCAUUAUUCGAAGACGAAGGUAUUUUCAGCAUCAACAGCCAAACGAUGGAGAGUUUGGAUCGUAA